UCACUUUUAUAAAAUCAAACCCUAAAACCUCUCCGCCUCUUCUUUAAACACACUCUCUUCCCAACUUACCAUAUCUCUCCUUGAAUCUCCCUAAAAUGCCGCCAAAGUUCGAUCCAUCUCAGGUCAUCGACGUCUACGUCCGCGUCACCGGCGGAGAAGUCGGAGCAGCGAGUUCACUCGCUCCCAAAAUCGGUCCACUCGGUCUCUCCCCCAAGAAAAUCGGUGAAGAUAUCGCUAAAGAGACCGCUAAAGACUGGAAGGGCUUACGUGUCACCGUCAAGCUAACUGUCCAGAACCGUCAGGCUAAAGUCUCCGUCGUCCCAUCGGCGGCUGCUCUGGUAAUCAAGGCGCUCAAAGAGCCGGAGCGUGACCGGAAAAAAACUAAGAACAUCAAGCAUACCGGUAACAUUUCGUUGGAUGACGUCAUCGAGAUUGCGAAGAUCAUGAGGCCGAGAUCGAUGGCGAAGGAGCUGACUGGGACGGUGAAGGAGAUUCUCGGGACGUGUGUUUCUGUUGGAUGUACGGUCGACGGAAAGGAUCCCAAGGACUUGCAGGAGGAGAUUGAUGACGGUGAGGUCGAGAUUCCGAUGGAUUAAACUGCGGUAGUUAUUUUUAAAUGUUUUUUCGAUGUCGGUUUUUAUGUUUUGGUCAUGUUAUUCGUAUUCAGGUUUUGAAGACUGAUUCUGUUGUUGAUGCUUUUUAGCAUUGUUAUGUGGAUUAUAAUUUGAUAUACAUUUUGGUUAAAUGAAUCAAUGAUCGGAACUUGAAUAUGAAA